AUGGCAAGCUCGCACUGCUUUGAGAACCCGCCGGCGCUGGAGGCGGCCAGCGGAGGAGGAGUGGUUGUUGACGACUUCGGCGGGCAGAAGACAUACAUCACCGGCUCCGCCGGGUCCAAGGCGGCCGUCGUCCUCAUCUCCGACGCCUUCGGGUUCGAAGCGCCAAAACUGAGGAAGAUAGCCGACAAAGUUGCUUCGUCCGGUUACUUUGUUGUGGUGCCCGAUUUCCUGCAUGGGGAUCCAUAUGACCCCAGCAAUCCCAACAAUCCUGGAAUGUGGAUGCAGGCGCAUAAUCCGAAAAAAGGGUUUGAAGAGGCAAAACCAGUUAUUGCUGCUCUAAAGGAGAAAGGAGUGUCUUCUGUUGGGGCUGCAGGUUACUGCUGGGGGGGAAUUGUUGCUGUGGAACUGGCAAAAGCUCAUGAGAUUCAGGCUGCCGUCGUAUUGCACCCUGGGCCUAUUACUGUUGAUGAUAUCAAAGAGGUCAAGUGCCCGAUUUCGAUACUUGGAGCCGAGAAUGACCAUUUAUCUCCACCAGAAUUAAUCAAGCAAUUCGAGCAGGUCCUUUCAGCAAACUCAGGAGUUGCUCACUUUGUCAAGAUUUUCCCUGGUGUUGCGCAUGGAUGGAGUGUGAGAUACAACGAUGAUGAUGAAGAUGCUGUCAAGAGUGCUGAGGAAGCGCUGGGGGACACGAUCGACUGGUUUAACAAGAACCUGAAAUGA